AGAAUAGAUGUCGUUAUGUUGCUGGCUGGUUGCUGCAUUCUUCCCCGAGGGUCGAUAGCUCGGCAAGACCCUCUCGAAGUCAGGAUUAAAAGUGGUGUAGUUCGUGGCAAGACUGUGAGUUUGCCUGAUGACCGAGGCGAUACGCUUGCUUUCCUAGGAAUACCUUUUGCCGAGCCCCCAGUCGGAGACCUCCGUUUUCGUGAGCCUGUUCCCAUAUCAAAGUGGGAUGGUGGUUAUGAUGCUACUAAUUUUGGAAAUUCCUGCAUGCAGCAACUGGAAAAGUUGUAUCCUGAUUUUCCAGGCGCACAGAUGUGGGAUCCUAAUACACCAGUUAGUGAAGACUGCUUGUACUUGAAUGUGUGGACUCCAUCACCAAAACCAAAUAAUGCGGCGGUCAUGGUUUGGAUAUAUGGUGGUGCAUUUAUUGGUGGCACAGCUUCUCUUGAUGUCUACGAUGGGAAAUACCUUGCAGGAACUCAGGAUAUUAUCAUGGUAUCAAUGAACUAUCGUGUUGGUUCAUUUGGUUUCUUAGCAACUGGAGACCAAAGAGCUACAGGAAACUAUGGAAUGUAUGACCAAGUUCUUGCCUUGAAAUGGGUGAAAUCUAACAUUGGUGCUUUUGGAGGAAAUCCUAAUAGGAUUACUAUUUUUGGAGAAAGCGCUGGAGCAGCAAGUGUAGGCCUACAUUUACUGUCACCAUUGAGUGAGCCAUUAUUCAAUCGCGCCAUAUUGCAGAGUGGUACACCUGAUGCCGAGUGGGCUGUGAUGACCCAUGAUGAGGCCGAGACGAGAUCCCAAAUUCUUGGUUCAUUUCAUGGGUGCAAUUUCGCUCAAAGUGACUUUGUGGAUUGCCUUCGCAAUGUUAAUGCUAGUGACCUGAGUGCACUCGAAUGGGUAACUUCACAGUUUUCAAAAAUGCCAUGGACCCCCAUUGUUGAUGGAAAGUUUUUACUGAACGAUCCUAAAAGUUUGGUUAGCAAUGGUCAAUUUAAAAAUGCGGACGUACUAUUAGGAUCUGUCAAGGAUGAAGGAACAUAUUUUAUUUUGUAUGGAUUUGUACCAGGAUAUGAAAAAGACUCCACUAACUUACAGACAUAUGAAAACUAUUUAGCCAAUGUAGAUUAUACCAACUCUGAUUUGAAUACUUGUUCCAGGGCAGCUAUUAAAGACCACUACACACACUGGGAAUCGCCCAUGAUGGUGUUGCUAACCGUGAUAACUUAG